AUGACCUCAGUCACCGUGGAACUGUUUGGCCCAGUUGCAGAACAGCAAGACUUCAUUCCUCUCCCUAUCAUGGUACUUCGUGGAUUUUGGUAUAGUGAUGGUAGCGAGACAACGGUGAAUCCCACAACUGAAGAAAGUCUGACCACAACAGAGGGAAUAAGCACUACUGAACAUUCGAUGGACUUAGGAAAUGGGACAACUGACCCUUCAGAACUCCCGUCUACAGCAAAGACGUGCACAUGCUUGUGUCCAAGUAUAUCUGUAGAUAACUCACCGGCAGCCAUUGACCUCAAAAUACAGAAUUUGAAGAGGACACUAGCUAUAAAUAAGACUCAGCUCUCAUCUCACAUGAGAAAGUUCAUUAGUGUAGCGGACGGUCGUGCCUCUGCUGCUGGGAUAGGAUACGUAGCUGGUGUGUUCCUCGUGCUGGUGUUUACUACGAUUGUCGUUUUGGAUUUGUCAUCCCUUCUCCAGUAUCUCGCCUCAGUGUGGAAACAUGUUCGGGAAAAUCACCAAAAUUAA